AUGGCCCCCUCUGAUAAGAAGCUCGAGGCUGAGCUACGUAAUGCUGUGCGCGAAGUUGCGCGUAAGAACAGAGAAGAUCUGACUGUCAACAAUGUCCGCAAACUCGUGGAAGAGAAACUAGCUCUAGUGCAUGGGUUUUUCUCUUCCGAAAAGUGGAAAGCACGAAGCAAGACACUAAUAAAGACUGUUGCGCCAGCGUCGUCCCCCGUGAAGAAGAAGCAGGAAGAUACACCGGUCAAGAAAGCCAUCAAGCGACAGUCACCCGAGUCAUCGCCCGCCCCCAAGCGUAGGAAGAACGCCGCGGCGCUGCCAGAAGAGAGCGACGAUGACGCGAACGUCGAGGAGCAUCCCAGCCCCAAGAAGAAAUUGGCUGUACGACGCAGAGGACGUCAAGUGGCCGAGUCGGACGAGGAGCCCGACCGUCCUGCCAAGUCGAAACCGGUGCGCGGUCGCAAAGCUACAAAUGGCCGUUCGCGAAACGUCGAAGAAGACGAGGAGUCGGCUGGCGAUGAACUGAACGGUUCCGCAGAGGGAGACUGUGAGCCCGCACCCGUUUCCAAACCCAGAAAGAAGCGCAAAGCAGAACCCGCACCUAAGAAGCAAGCCCCGAAGAGGAGGAAAGCGGUGUCGGAGGAUGAGGAAGAAGACGAGGAAGAGGCGGAGGCGGAGGCGGAGCCUACAGAGGAAUCUAGCCCGCAGCCAGAUCUUGUAGACGAGUCCAGCGAACUUUCAGACGUGCUUGACGUGCCGCCCGAGCCGAAAUCCGAGAAAGGCACCCCCCCUGCCGGGAAAUCGUCCAAGCCGUUGCAAGCCAACGACGCGUCCGCGCCAGACAAAGUCAACGACUCCCCCGCGGCAGGAGAGGGCGAGCCGAAGCCAUCCAUCGAGGACGAAUCGAGCGAACUCUCCGACGUAAUCGACGAACCCCCGAAACCGAAGCGCGGCAAAAAGCAAAGCGUCACCGCCCCCACCGCCGCGACGACCUGGUCGCGCGGCAAGAGAGGCGGCUCGUCCUCCCACCCGGAGCGCGAGCGCCCCGACGAUGCGGAAGUGAAAAAACUGCAGUCGCAGCUCGUCAAGUGCGGCGUGCGCAAGAUAUGGGGCAUCGAGCUGAAGCAGUACGGCGACGACGCGCGGGCCAAGGUCCGGCACCUCAAGGACAUGCUCCGCGACAUAGGCAUGCCAGGGCGCUUCUCCGAGGCCAAGGCGCGCGAGAUCAAGGAGCGGCGCGAGCUGGAGGCCGACCUCGAGGCCGUCACGGCUAUGAAUGUCACCUGGGGCGCAUCUGACUCGCGCGGCGGCAGACCUACGCGGGGCAGGGGUCGGCUGAAGAAGGUGCCGAAGGAGCCCAGCUCCGAUGAGAACGACGGAGAGGCGGUGGAAGAGGGGAAGAACGCCCGCAAGGUUGGGGAUGGGGACGGAAGCGACGACAAUGAGGAUGAGGAUGAGGCACCGGCCGUUUCAGCGAAAGCCAGGGGACGGUCGCGGGCUCAAGCGGAUUUGGCGUUCCUGGGUGAUGAUGACGAGGAUUCUGAUUAA